AUGAGGGGGAAAAGAGGCAGGCCGCCCAAAACCCUGCGGAUGCAGGAGCCUUCAUCCGAGCCGGAGCGUGGCUUGAGACCCAGGAGGGAGUUGAGGGCAAAGGGGAGAGGUAGUGCCGAGGUCGAUUUUGAGAGUCCCAAGAGGGGAAAUAACUCUUCGUCUAGGCAGAAGGAAAAAAUACUCGAGGAGGAUGAUGAUGCCAGCUACUGUACUGAAAGCAGCUUUCAUCAGAGCACUCAUGGCAGCACUCCGGGGCGGAAGAGGACGCGGGUGCACUGCCCUCGCUCGCCCAUCUUUGAAGAAAAGGAGAUCCCUCCUCUGGAGCUGCCCAGAACCUCUGAGGACCUCAUGGUGCCCAGCGAGGAACUGCUCAACGUGUCCUCCAUCUACGAGGUCCUGCGCAACUUCAGCACGGUGCUGCGUCUCUCUCCCUUCCGCUUUGAGGACUUCUGUGCUGCGCUGGUAGGCCAGGAGCAGUGCACGCUGAUGGCAGAGACCCACACAGCCCUACUGAAGGCCAUCCUGCGUGAGGAAGACACCUCCAACACCACGUUCGGUCCUGCUGACCUCAAGGACAGCGUCAACUCCACCCUCUACUUCAUUGAUGGUAUGACGUGGCCCGAGGUGGUCCGUGCCUACUGCGAGAGCGACCAGGAGUACCAYCAUGUCCUGYCCUACCAGGAGGUGGAGGACUACCCCUACGGCCCUCUGGACAGUAAGAUCAAGGUGCUGCAGUUCUUGGUGGAUCAGUUCCUCACCACCAACAUCGCCCGYGAGGAGUUGAUGUCAGAGGGGGUGGUGCAGUAUGAUGACCACUGCAGGGUGUGCCACAGRUUGGGGGACCUGYUGUGCUGUGAGACCUGCUCUGCMGUCUACCAYCUGGAGUGUGUGAAGCCGCCGCUGGUGGAGGUGCCGGAGGACGAAUGGCAGUGUGAGAUCUGCGUGGCACACAAGGUGCCCGGGGUCACAGACUGUGUGACAGAGAUGCAGAAGAGCAAACCCUACAUCCGCCAGGAGCCCAUCGGCUACGACCGCCACCGGAGGCAAUACUGGUUCCUAAACCGAAGGAUAAUUGUUGAGGARGACGGGGAGCAUGAGAAGAAGAAGAUCUGGUACUACAGCACAAAGGUCCAGCUGGGAGGGCUGAUAGAGUGUCUAGACAAGGAGUACUGGGAAAACGACCUGUGUGCUGUCCUCGAGGAGAUGAGAGAGGAGGUGCACACUCACAUGGACAUCACUGAGGACCUCACCAACAAGGCCCGCGGCAACAAUAAGGCCUUCCUCACGGCAGCCAACGAUGAGAUCCUGGAGCGUGUGCACGGCAGGCAGGAACGGCGAGCAGCGGAGCAGGCAGAGAAGGCCACUACAGACACCACCAAGAUAGAGGAAGAGACCCCCACACACUGCUCUCCACUACCAGACCACAGAGAGCUCCAAGACCCCGAGUCUAAGGAGGAGGCAAGCUCACAAGGGAAGACUGGAGUUGCUCUUCUAUCAGCUGCAGCUCCCCCUGCUGGAGAAGAGAACACCACCGUCCACCCCCCUAAGCCUGGCUCGUCUACCCAGGACGGCACUCUCCCUAAACAUGAACCCCCUAAGCCUGCUGAGGUGUCCUGCUCGGCCGCCUUUGAGAGCAGGGAGAGUGGGGAGGYCUCCAUGGAGCCUGAGCAGGAGAGGCCAGAUGAUAAGCCUGUAGACUCAGAGUCCCGUGGAGAGGAGGACCCCUCUGCCCAGUGCCAGCCUACUCCUGCACCACAACACCCUGGAGACGAGAACAGCAACAGCAGCCACGUCUCAGCGCCUGGGGUCCUCAGGAGGCCUGAAGAGCCAAACCUCGCUGACAGGUCCUCUCAGUCCUCCAUCACCAGCCAGGACGACACGGGUGAAGGCAAUGAGAUUGGGAAUGGUGAGGGGUCAGCGUCUGGAUGGACUAACAAUCGCAUAGUGACUCGUCUGCGUAACCCGGACAGCAAGCUGAGCCAGCAAAAGACCCAGGGAGAUGGCAGCCCUACACCCAGGGACAGCAAGGAGACAUCUCCUCCCAGCUCUGAGAGUGAAGUGGCUCGUCUGGGUACUGUGAGGAAAGACUUGUCGGUGAAGGGCAACCUGAACAACUUCUUCAAGCUGGGCCAGGAGGGCAAGUUCCGAGUCUACCACAACCAGUUCAGCACCAACACACUGGGCCUCAACAAGCACCAGCAUCGUGAGGACCACGACAAGCGCCGCCACCUGUCCCAUAAGUUCAGCCUAACACCCGCCGGGGAUUUCAAGUGGAACGGCUCCAUCCACGGCUCCAAGGUGCUGACCAUAUCCACCCUGCGGCUCACCAUCAUCCAGCUGGAGACCAAUGUCCCCGCCCCCUUCCUGCACCCAAACUGGGCCUCGCACAGGCAGGAACGGCGAGCAGCGGAGCAGGCAGAGAAGGCCACUACAGACACCACCAAGAUAGAGGAAGAGACCCCCACACACUGCUCUCCACUACCAGACCACAGAGAGCUCCAAGACCCCGAGUAUAAAGAGGACGCAAGCUCACAAGGGAAGACUGGAGUUGCUCUUCUAUCAGUUGCAGCUCCCCCUGCUGGAGAAGAGAACACCACCGUCCACCUCCCUAAGCCUGGCUCGUCCACCCAGGACGGCACUCUCCCUAGACAUGAACCCCCUAAGCCUGCUGAGGUGUCCUGCUCUGCCGUCUCUGAGAGCAGGGAGAGUGGGGAGGCCUCCAUGGAGCCUGAGCAGGAGAGGCCAGAUGAUAAGCCUGUAGACUCAGAGUCCCGUGGAGAGGAGGACCCCUCUGCCCAGUGCCAGCCUACUCCUGCACCACAACACCCUGGAGACGAGAACAGCAACAGCAGCCACGUCUCAGCGCCUGGGGUCCUCAGGAGGCCUGAAGAGCCAAACCUCGCUGACAGGUCCUCUCAAUCCUCCAUCACCAGCCAGGACGACACGGGUGAAGGCAAGGAGAGUGGGAAUGGUGAGUGGUCAGUGUCUGGACGGACUAACAAUCGCAUAGUGACUCGUCUGCGUAACCCGGACAGCAAGCUGAGCCAGCAGAAGACCCAGGGAGAUGGCAGCCCUACACCCAGGGACAGCAAGGAGACAUCUCCCAGCUCUGAGAGUGAAGUGGCUCGUCUGGCUACUGUGAAGAAAGAAUUGACGGUGAAGGGCAACCUGAACAACUUCUUCAAGCUGGGCCAGGAGGGCAAGUUCCGAGUCUACCACAACCAGUUCAGCACCAACACACUGGGCCUCAACAAGCACCAGCAUCGUGAGGACCACGACAAGCGCCGCCACCUSUCCCAUAAGUUCAGCCUAACMCCCGCCGGGGAUUUYAAGUGGAACGGCUCCAUCCACGGCUCCAAGGUGCUGACCAUMUCCACCCUGCGGCUCACCAUCAUCCAGCUGGAGACCAAUGUCCCCGCCCCCUUCCUGCACCCAAACUGGGCCUCGCACAGGACAAACUGGAUUAAAGCGGUGCAGAUGUGCAGUAAGGCUCGGGAGUUUGCCUUGGCGCUGGCCAUCAUGGAGUGUGCCAUCAAACCAGUGGUCAUGCUGCCUGUCUGGAAAGAUGCACUUGGACACACCAGGCUCCAUCGCAUGACCUCCAUGGAGCGGGAGGAGAAAGAGAAGGGGAAAAAGAGAGAGAAAAAACUGGAGGAUGAGGAGACUAUGCAGCAGGCCACCUGGGUGAAGUACACCAUCCCCAUCAAACACCAGGUGUGGAAGCAGAAGGGGGAGGAGUACAGAGUAACUGGGUAUGGGGGCUGGAGCUGGGUCAGUAAGACUCACGUUCAUCGCUUUGUUCCCAGGCUACCAGGGAACACCAACGUCAACUACCGCAAAGCACUCGAAGCAGCUAAAACUGGCAAAGAAAAUGCAACAUCCGGCCCAAACAAACUAAAAUGUUUGCCCAAAGCACCAACAAGCACGGAAACCCAGGCAAAAGAAGAGUCUACUCCAAUUACUGAAGAAAAAGACAAGGAGGAAACCUCCACCAUGGAGUCAUCUGGGAGCACUUCACCAGGAGAGGGGCAGACUCUGAAAGAGAAGGAAGAGAAAAAUAUCACAGAGAMGGUGGAGGAGAAGAAAGAUGAUCAGGUGGAGGAGAAGACWGAGGACAAGAUGGAUGUUGACYCYAGUCCACCAGACACCUGUCUCAGUGAGGAAAAAGAUAUAGUGGACAGCAAAUGCCCCCCAUCACUGACUGAUCCUGCUGUGAAGGAGGAGCCCGGGGAGGAAGAAGAACCUAAGCAGGAGGACUCUGAGGCCAAGCCACCUGUCCGCCCAUUCAACUGGGAUGUGGUGAACGUCAGCGAGGGCUUCCAGCUCCGUACGGCCUACAAGAAGAAGGUGAAGACGUCCAAGCUCGACGGGCUGCUGGAGCGCAGAGUGAAACAGUUCACCCUGGAGGAGAAGCAGAGGCUAGAGCGCCUCAAACAGCAGUCAGCCCUGGCCAAACACACAGUCUCCAAGGAGAAAGUUAAUACAGGGACUCCCACCACCAUCAAGACUGAAGCUUCUACAGCAGACAAGUUAGCAGUGACACCGUGCACUAGUCUGAAAGCUGAGGGACAAGCAGACUCAGUAGUUAAAGACACAAUUGUUAAAAGGCUUGACUUUGACCAGGAGCAGCCAGUGAAAUCCCAGCCCUCAGGAGAGACAGAUAAUCUGGACGUCAGAUUAGGCUCCACCUGUAAACCCCAGGCAGCAGGAGCCACAGGCCCCAACCUCAACACCACAGGGUUGGCCAACCAUGAGAGCAGCGUUCAGGGCAAUGGUGGGGAUGCGUUAUCUCAAACGGAGCUGAAUGGAGGCUCCCAGAAAAGCAUAGACCUCAACAACAMAGUCAAUUUGACAUCUSUAGAAYCGGCUUUAGGUGCSSCYAAACCUCCCAGAGCAGAAGUGACGAUAGCAGGAGAAAACGGUAGGAAGCAUGGUUAUGAGGAGACAGAGCAAGGUAAUGGACAGAGGGAGAUAGAAAGCAUGGACGUAAACCAAAGCAAACCACAUUUAGUGCAGGUGAACGGGAAAGACGCUGUUGACACCAAGGCUCCUGUAGACUCAAAGAUGCACUUAAACCUGGCCAACAAAGUGGACACCAAGGUCAUGCUCCAGACGUUAGAGGGUGAGAUCAAAACACUGCCAGUGAAGGAGCCUGUAAAAUCCAUUAUGAACGGUACACUCUCUCAGGACGGGUUAAAGGUCAACAACACUGUGUUAGCCACCAGCCCAGCCUUGGCGGACGUAGAGAGAAAGGUUGUGGUGUCCGAGCCUGACUAUCUGCCACCUCAGAAGGUUGCCAGACUGGAGAAUAAUGGCGACAGGGUGGUAGACUCCGUCACGUCGUCACUGUUAGGGCCGCCCACUGGUGUUCCCACGGUAAGCAACAGSACCAAGUCUGAGCCAAUKGARAUUGGGCAGACGGCAUCCAAUAAGAUCACCCCRUUUCCUAUCCCCACUGCAGARGAGUCCAGCUUGAGUAACAACACCACAGWGAACAGCAGUAGCAGUACUGGGGUGCUGAAGACCAUCACCCAAGUCACCACAACCACUACUACCACCAUGUCAACAGAGUCUCGCACGGUGCAGAUAGCCGAGGUCUCCAGCAGCACUAAGCCUGCAGUGAUGCCUGCUCCAGAGAGCAGUGCUGUGUCCACCCUCACCACCAUGACCAAGACCACCGUCACCAGGGUCAGCUCCCCGACCCUCGAGGCCGCCGUCUCCGAGGAAACCAAGACUGUUGUCACUGCAAUGUUGACAGAUGCCAAAUCUGGCCCCUCAGGCUCUUCAGUCACCUCCAUGACAGUCAGUAAGGAGUACUCCACCAGAGACCGUGUCCGGCUGCUAAAGUUCUCCCGCUCCAAGAAGACCCGCUCUGGCACGGCCCUCCCCUCCUACCGCAAGUUUGUCACCAAGAGUAGCAAAAAGAGCAUCUUUGUACUGCCUAAUGAUGACCUGAAGAAGCUGGUGAGGAGAGGGGGCAUCAGAGAGGUACCCAUCUUCAACUACAACGCCAAGCCAGCCCUGGACAUCUGGCCCUAUCCCUCCCCCAGACCCACCUUUGGAAUCACCUGGAGAUACCGUCUCCAGACUGUGAAGUCUCUGGCGGGGGUCAGUCUGAUGCUGCGGCUGCUCUGGGCCUGCCUGAGGUGGGAUGACAUGGCUGUCAAGCCCUCCCCUGCUGUAGGAACCACCCGCACAGAAUCCUCGGAGACGGCAAUCACCACAACAGAGAUCAUCAAGCGGCGAGAUGUGGGGCCGCACGGCAUCCGGUCUGAAUACUGCAUCAGGAAGAUCAUCUGCCCCGUUGGCGUUACCGAUGCUCCCAAAGAAACUCCCACUCCCCAGAGAAAAGGCCUGCGCUCCAGCGCUCUGAGGCCAAAGAAGCCUGAGCCGGCCAAGCAGACUGGACCAAUCGUCUUAGAGACGUGGGUGGCCGAGGAGGAGCUGGAGAUCUGGGAGAUCAGAGCCUUUUCAGAAAGGGUGGAGAGGGAGAAGGCCCAGGCUGCAGACCAGGCUAAGAAACGGUUGGAGCAACAGAAGCCUGGUGCCACCACCACCUCCACCCCCACCAGCACCCCUACAACCUCAGCCUCUGGCACUCCGGCAUCCCUGACCAGCCAGGUCACCCCGGGGACUAAACUGGUCCUGGCCACCAAGCUGGGGACACCUGUCACAUUCCAGCAGAACAAGAACUUCCAUCAGUCGUUUGCUUCCUGGGUCAAGCAGGGCCAGGGUAGUCCAGGUAUGGUGCAAGUCCAGCAGAAUGUCCUGGGCAUUAUUCCAUCCAGUACCCCAGGCAACCAGCGGACCUACUCCUCAUUCCAGAACCGCAAYGCAACCAUCAACAUCAGACCCAACACCUCCACCUCAACCACCACUCAGCCGGUCAUUKCCACCGGAGCCCAGAUCCGUCCGGGCAUGWCGGUGAUCCGAUCRCCCCUGCAGCAGGGCACCACCAUGGGCAAAACCAUCAUCAGAACCCCCUUGAUGAUGCAACAAGGUAUUCUACCAGCCAGCCAGCAGCAGGUGGUGACUCAGAUCAUCCGGGGCCAACCUGUCUCCACAGCMRUUUCCAGUGCCAGCCCUGUGCAGACCAGCGCAGGCCAGAGGAUGCUGGGUGCCGCCCCGUCCCCCYGUCCUGUCACCCCUGCCYCCGGGCAGUCCCCAUCACCAUCCACCCCCCAAGGCGGCCGACCACAGCAGGGCCAGGUCAAACUCACCCUGGCCCAGCUCACCCAGCUAACGCAGGGGGCACAGGGAGGGAACCAGGGUCUCACAGUAGUAAUCCAGGGACAGGGACAGACCACAGGCCAGCUGCAGGUCAUCCCCCAGGGGGUGACAGUCAUCCCAGGCCCUGGGCAGCAGCUCAUGCAGGCUGCCAUGCCCAACGGCCAGGUGCAGCGCUUCCUCUUCACCCCAGGGGCAUCAGCCCCUGCCCCCACCCUCGCCACCACAGCCAGUGCUGCUGUCACCCCCGUCACAGCCACCACAACAACACCCUCAGUGCCAGCACUGUCUCAGCCUCCGGUUCAGACUCCCGCCACCUCUCAAGCACCGGCACAACCAGUCCAGCCUCCUCAACAGGCUAUCGCUCAUGUCCAGCCUCCUCAACAGGCUAUCGCUCAUGUCCAGCCUCCUCAACAGGCUAUCGCUCAU